AUGAAAGGAAAGCAAAAAGACUCAUCGGAGAAACACAAAUGGGAUCGGAGCUCCUCUGGUGUAUCCAUGAUCCGAGUCCGACCCGCUCGAAAACUAAUAAUCUGGCUCCUUCUCCUCCUCUCCGUCACUUACAUCAUCUACACUCUCAAAAUCGUCUCCACUUCCCACCCUUCUUGCCCACAAGAUCCAACAAUCCCUAAACACACAACAACGCAGAAAAACGCGGUUGCGUUUGCGUUCGCGGCGGAGACCGAUCUAAACCACGUGUUGUUCGGGAUCGCAGCGUCGUCUAAGCUAUGGAAACAGAGAAAAGAGUAUAUCAAGAUUUGGUACAAACCUAAGAAGAUGAGAGGCUACGUGUGGUUAGACAAAGAGAUCAAAACCAAAUCCGAAACCGGAGAUCAAGAAAACUUCCCGCCGAUGAGAAUCUCCGGCGACACAUCGUCAUUUCCUUACACGAACAAGCAAGGACACAGGUCAGCGAUUCGGAUCUCACGGAUCGUGUCGGAAACGCUGAAUAGUCUUGAUUCCGAAUCGAAGAAGAGUGUGAGGUGGUUUGUGAUGGGUGAUGACGAUACCGUGUUUGUAACAGAUAAUCUAAUUAGAGUUCUGAGGAAGUACGACCAUGAACAGAUGUAUUACAUUGGGAGUUUGUCGGAAUCUCAUUUACAGAAUAUUUACUUCUCUUAUGGUAUGGCUUAUGGUGGAGGAGGUUUUGCUAUUAGUUAUCCAUUAGCUUUGGCUUUGAGUAAGAUGCAAGAUCGUUGUAUUCGGAGGUAUCCGGCGUUGUACGGUUCCGAUGAUCGGAUGCAAGCUUGUAUGGCAGAGCUUGGAGUUCCAUUAACUAAGGAGCUUGGUUUUCAUCAAUACGACGUUAAUGGGAACCUAUUUGGUCUCCUCGCUGCGCAUCCGGUAACACCGUUCGUCACAAUGCACCACCUCGAUGUCGUAGAACCAAUCUUCCCAAACAUGACCCGAGUUCGCGCCAUCAAGAAACUAACUACCACGAUGAAGCUUGACUCGGCCGGGCUUCUCCAGCAAUCAAUAUGCUACGACAAGCACAAAAGCUGGACUAUUUCUGUCUCGUGGGGAUACGCGGUCCAGGUGUUCCGCGGAUCGUUCUCUCCCCGGGAAAUGGAAAUGCCUACUAGGACUUUCUUGAAUUGGUACAAAAGAGCGGAUUACACCGCCUAUGCGUUCAACACAAGGCCAGUGAGCCGCAAUCCGUGCCAAACACCGUUUGUUUUUCACAUGUCGAAUGCGAAAUUUGACGUGCGAUUGAACACGACGGUUAGCGUAUACACGAGGCAUCGGGUUCCGCAUCCUGCUUGCCGGUGGGAGAUGGCUAACCCGGAAGAGAUCAGCACUAUUGUCGUUUACAAAAAACCGGACCCUCACCUAUGGGAGAGGUCACCGAGAAGAAAUUGUUGCAGAGUAUUACAAACAAAGAGAAAUGAUACAUUAUGGAUCAAUGUUGGUGUAUGUAGAGCAGGUGAAGUCACUAUAGUUAAGUAA